AUGGCCCCCCGGAGCCGCGGGCGGAUGGAGCCGAGCUACGUCGUGGGUAUCUGCUGCCUGGUGCUGCUGGAGCCCGGCCGGGUGUGGAGCGGCGAGCCCAGCACCGGGGGGCCCGGGGAGAGCGGGAACAGCAGCCAGGCACCGCCGCCGGAGACCACGGUCCCCGCGCCCACCGGAGCGGCACCACCGGGGGGGGACCGCUGCCGCGGGUACUACGACGUGAUGGGGCAGUGGGACCCGCCGUUCAACUGCAACGCCGGCAUCUACCAGUACUGCUGCGGGACCUGCGGGUACCGCUUCUGCUGCCAGUUCAAGCCCGGGCGGCUGGACCAGAGUGGCUGCUCCAACUACGACACCCCCAACUGGGUCAACACGGGCCAGCCGCCUGCCCGGGUGGACGAGACCCCCGAGGACCCCACUCGUGACAAGACCAACAUGAUCGUCUACAUCAUCUGCGGUGUGGUGGCUAUCAUGGUGCUGGUGGGCAUCUUCACGAAGCUGGGCCUGGAGAAGGCACAGGGUCCCCAGACAGAGAUGACCGUCUCCAGGACACUGACAGAUCUGCUGAAGCAGCCAGGCCACAGCCCCUCUGAGAAUAUGGACAGCCUCAUGGGGGGUGUGCAGGUGCCUCUGGGCGAGGGGCUGGCCCGGGGACCCCCCAGAAACAGCACAGACAAGCCACCCUUGAACAACGCGGUGGCCAUUGCCCCCUCACUGGGGCGGCCCCACAGCCACGGCAAGCGCCUGCCGCUGGCCAGCAGCCUGGCCCUGUCAGCCCCGGACUACACUUCCUACACCACCCUCAAGGUUGGAGAGAGCGCCACCGAGGACUUCUACAGGCGGUUCGGGGGGCUGGAGCCACCCCCCGCCAGCACACUGACCUUCCCAGCCGAGACGCCGGUGCUGGCCGAGGGCUGCCCCCUGCCCAAAGCCAAGGGCCCCAAGGUGCCAGGGGGUCUGGCCUUCCCGGGGGGCUGGGAGGGGGGUCCCCAUCGUGGACCCCGCCGGCCGGGCCUGGCCACCCUGCACCCUGAGGGGCCACCCGAGGCCUUCGGCCCCUCCGCCUCGCUGUACGGGCAGCACCCGCGGCACCUCGCCACCAACAGCAAGACCGAGGUCACCGUCUGA